CUCCUUCCCCACUCUCGGACAGAGCCGAGUCCGGAAGGGACGUGCCACCCCAGCUCUCCGCGGACCCCCAGCCCCCGCCCCCGCGCCCAUGGCCGCACUGGGACCCCGCACCUUACAAGCUAUUUGUGGCGGUUGCUGCUGCCUCCUCCUGUGUGCCCAGCUCGCCGUGGCUGGUAAAGGAGCUCGAGGCUUUGGGCGGGGCGCACUCUUUCGCAUGAACUUUGGGCCAGCUGUCGUAGGGGGCUGCAAACACCUGAAGCUCUGCGAGCACUGUGUGCAGAGCCAACGGGCUCACAACCUCUCUGGCUGCGUGUGGGAGCAGUGUCAUCAGGAGCCAGGACACUGCGUGGCCCCAGCUGAGGCCGUCAAGGAAGGUUGCUCCGUCUACAACCACUCAGCGUCCUGUCCAGCUGCCCACCACCACCCUACCUAUGAGCCGAAGAUGGUCACAACAGGGAGCCCCCUAGUCCCCGAGGGCAGUGGACCUGACUUUGACAGUGCCAGCUUCGUGGGGGGCAUCAUCCUGGUGCUGAGCGUGCAGACAAUGAUCUUCUUCAUGCUGCGCUUCCUCAAGGCCAAGAACAACCCGUACGAGUCUCUACACUGAGGCUCUUUCGGCCUGGACUCUCCACUGAGGGAAGAGGAUGACGAGAGGCCAGCCCACUGCGGGCGUGGGGGUGGGGUGCUCUGACCCCUGAUUCCUGGCCGCGCUGGGCACUGGCAGGCUCCACUCCUGCUCUCUGGCCACCUCCCCUGUCAGGGGGCCUGCAGCCCCCCUCAAGCUCCUGCUGCCUCAUCCAUCUUCCCUCCAGGGGUCUCUGCCUGGCCUGGCUCUGAGGCUCCCUGCCCUUCAAUAAAGGAUCUCUUUCCA